AUGACAACAGGUAAGGCAACAACAACAGGAAAGGCAAAAGGAAAGACAACAGGAAAGAGACGAAGCAAAAGAACAACCCAAAUGUUGUGGAACCGUUACCCACAUGGUGUUAAAUUCCAUUUGGUGAAGGAUAAAGAUGGUGACACUACAAUUAAUCCACCUCAGGAUGACAUAACUUGUAAUACUGCAGAUGAAAAUGUAGAAAGAACAAACACUCCUUUACAGUCUUCUCAACAUCAUGGAGAUAAAAAAUCCAGUUAUAACGGUCAGUGGAUAGAAGAAGACAUGGAAUGUGCUAUGAAAGAUGUUGAAGACAAUUCAUAUUCCAUUAGAGCACCUGGAAAAAAGUGGGGAAUUCCUACAAGCACUUUAACAUUUUGGCUUUCAAGGCUGACAACAACAAAAAGAAGAGGUCCACCAACGAUCCUUUCGUUGGAAGAAGAGCUAGAAAUUGUUGACUGGUGCAAAGAUAUGGCGCAACUUGAUUUUUAUGACAACCUGGAGAAAUUGUACAAUGCUUCUGAAUACGGACCAACAAAAAUAUGGAAUUGUGAUGAAACAGGUGUGCAAGCAGGCAAGAACUACGGGAUGCGAGUAAUUGCAAAGUUGGGUAGUAGAAGUGUCCCACAAAUUUUAUCAAAGAGUAGAGAGUGGAUAACAAUUUUAUGUUGUGUUAAUGCAGCAGGUCAUAGCAUUCCAGGAUUUUAUCUUUUCAAGGCCAAAAGACAACUUAAAAACUACAUUACCAACUGUGAACCAGGAGCAUGUAUGGCUGCACAACCACAUGCUUGGAUGACAAAAGAAUUAUUUUUAAAUUGGCUAUAUCACUUUGCCAGAUCUAUUCCAGGUGGAGUUUCACCCACAAACAGACAUCUCCUUAUAUUUGACGGUCAUCGAAGCCAUGUUGCUUUGACCACAAUCCAUGAAGCAAGAUCUCUUGGUAUUGAUCUUCUAACAUUGUCUGCCCACACCAGCCACAAAUUGCAGCCUCUAGAUGUGAGUGUGUUCUCUCCAUUCAAGGCACAUUUCAAAUCUGAAAGGUCAAAAUGGAUGGCCAAACAUCCACACAUAGAAAUAAGGAGAACUGAAUUGGCAGAACUUGCAAGUAAAGCAUUCAAACUUGCCCUGACAUCUGAAAACAUCAUAGCUAGUUUUUGA